GCCAGCAGCAUCUUCCUAGGGGCUUGCAUUUGAAAUGGGAUGGGAGGGGCAUCUCUGCCAGGCACAUUUGUGACCCAAAUUCAUUUCUUGUCCCAGAGCUCCAUCGAAUCUGUCCUGGCACCUGCACGAGCUGCAGCUGAAGGCUCGGGAGAAGGCUCCAGUGCCCAGGCUGGAAGCUCAAGCACGAGCAGCUCGUGCACCUGGAGCACGACCAGCUCAUCUGGCAGCAGAGAGCAGCAGCGAGAGAGGACAGAGGACAAGUGCCUGGCCAUGCUGAAGAUGCUGGUGAGCGAGGGAGAUCCUGAGGCUAAAUACACAGAACUGGAGACUAUUGGCAAAGGGGGUUUCGGCACUGUGUGCAUGGCAGUGGAGACUGCCACAGGAGAAGAGGUGGCCAUCAAGAAAAUUAGUCUUCUGCAAGAGAGCAGCAGGGAGCUGUGCCUGAAUGAAAUCCAGGUCAUGCGUGGCAGUAAGAAUGCCAACCUUGUGAACUAUGUAGACAGCUACCUGCUGGACGAGGAACUCUGGCUGGUGAUGGAAUACAUGGAUGGAGGUUCUUUACAUGAUAUCAUAAGGGAGACUCGCAUGGCAGAAGGAGAGAUAGCAGCUGUCUCUCGGGAGUGCCUGCAAGGCCUGGAUUUCCUGCACUCCAAUCAAGUGAUCCACCGAGAUAUCAAAAGCCACAACAUUCUCCUGGGCUUGGAUGGAUCAGUCAAGUUGGCUGAUUUUGGCCUUGCUGCUCAGCUUACUGCUGAGCAGAACAAACGGAGAUCAGCUGUUGGGACUACUUACUGGAUGGCGCCAGAAAUUUUCACCAGGAAGCCCUACGGCCCCAAAGUGGACAUCUGGUCCUUUGGCAUCGUGGGGAUCGAGAUGGUGGAAGGAGCGCCUCCGUACCUGAUGAAAACCUCCCGCACGGUUCAACAGCUGAUAAGCACCGGGGCCCCCCUGAAGCUGCAGAAGCCCAGGCAGCAGUCGGCGUGGCUGCGAGACUUUCUGCACUGCUGCCUGGAGAGGGACGAGGACAGGCGCUGGUCUGCCCAGGAACUUCUGCAGCAUCCGUUUGUAACAUCAGCCAAGCCAGCCUCCUCCCUGACGCCUCUGAUCAUGGCCACGCAGCAGUUCAUGGCUGACAGGAGAUUCUAGCCCUGGAGCAGGCAACAAAGCUGUUUGUAGUUUGUAGUUUGUA